CCUUCACCAAUUCCAUCAAUCUUCAGCAACCAAGUUACUCUACACAUACAUCUUCAAUUUUGCUCAGACAGUAAAGAAAAUCAACCAUGAAGAGCCUUUGCUUCUCAAUGAUCUUGAUCCUCUCUCUUCUCUUUGCUGUUGCUCAUUUGAGCAAUGCAGCAGCCCCAGAUUGUGGCACAGUUGACGCGAAGGCUGCAGCUUGUGUGUCAUUUGCUCGAGGUAAGGACAGAAAGCCAGCUGCUGCAUGCUGCACUGGGCUGCAACAGCUUGCUCAGACUGUCAAGAACGUUAAUGAUAAGAAGGCUAUCUGCAGAUGCCUCAAGACAGGUGUCAAGAGCUUCCCUGGUGUUCAGGACAAGUACAUGAGCAAAAUCCCUGCUGCUUGCCGCAUCAAUGUUGGCUUCCCUAUCUCCAUGAACACCAACUGUGAGGCGAUCCACUGAGAUGCUUUGGAAAUUUGAAGCAUGGAUUGGCCAUUUGUCAAUCAUAGGGAGUAAGAUUUGAAUAAAACGCUUGUACUGAGGACCCUUGGAUUGGGGCCUUUCUGAUGUACCAUUUGGUUGUUUUAGUAACUCAAUUUUCUUGAGCAUCAUAA